UCGUGAGGCGCAGAGUCUUGCUACGCAACCCAUCUCUUGGUCGUUGGUUUGGUGUUUCUCUCUAGUUUUAGGCAUAUGCUGCUUUCUGUGCAUGUGUAUGCAAGAUCUUUCUCUCCGUUGCUUUGCCUUUGCGUAGGUACAACAACAGCGACUAUAUACGACAUCCUAGUUCGUCGAUUUGCACGCGAUGCGCCGACCAUUCUUCCUUGUCCAAAAAACCCAAAAGCCCAAAUAUCAAAGCCCAAAUCUAAGCUUCGUAAGAUCGAAACCACAAGCAAAUGAAAACAUCAGGAAUCUCUGACUUUGUUUGCAAAGUUCCAAAAUUCCAAGCCGUCGAGGGAGAAAAUCCUCGUUCGUAAUUUUCCAAACAAGAGAAAUAUACCACGAAACACAUGGUUGACACGUGUUCGUUACUCUCAAUUGGGAGGGUGGAGCCCACACGCAGACCACAUGAGGGCAAGAGUCAUCAGGCUGGUUUUGGUUCGUCCAAUUGUUGGGAAUGAUUCAAACUUCAGAGCCAACCUCUCCAAGCAGAGGGCAAAAAGCGAGAAGCUCAGCCAUACCAGGACAAACCACAGCUAAGAUGCUGCGAAUCUUCUGUUUUUCCCACACCUCACUGCAAACUUAUAUAUAAACCCACCAAACCCAACCAGUAAGUUAAUUGGUAUCGUCAAAAGGGAGCAAUGGCAGCCACUAGACUAUUGCGCACCUUUAAGCCUAUGACUUUUCAUUCUUCUUCUUCUUCUUCUUCUUUGCCGCCGAAGACGCUGCGGUGUUCGAGCAAGGCCGGAAGUUUAAGCGGAGAGAAGAGACUUGGUGGGAAGAAUGAUAAUCAUGAGAGAAAGCAAAUGGUGGUUGUCAAGGCCUCAAUGGCCACUUCAGACACAAUGAGCAUAACUUUGAAGCCACAAGUGAAUCGGGGAAGGCUAGCAGAAUUGGUUUCUCUGCUUACAAAGACUAACCGUGCUUUGCUCAUUCUUUUGAGAACGGCCCUCAAGCCAAAACCUUCGAGACAGCAGGUCCAGAUGUUCAUUGAAAGGGGGAUAAUAGACUGUCGAUUCUUUACAUUACUUGCAGUUGCGGGAUCCUUACUUGGCUCAGUUUUGUGCUUUGUAGAGGGUUGCUUUAUUGUUCUAGAGUCAUAUUUCCAGUAUUUCCAUGCCUUGUCACACAAGACGGAUCAAGGACAUAUGGUGCAUCUACUUAUUGAAGCCAUUGGUAACUACUCUGGCUCUCUCAGCUCUCUCUCAGCUCUCUGUAUCUACCCUACCCUAACCUACCCAAAAACUAAUAAUUCGUGUUUUUUCAUUCUUUCUACAGACAUGUUCCUGGUAGGAACCGCCAUGCUUAUUUUCGGGGUUGGGUUGUACGCCAUGUUCGUGGGAUCAAAGGCCGUGAAAGAAAAAGGACCGCGGUUUUCAGAGUCAAACUUGUUUGGUCUCUUCUAUAUGAAGGCACCUCCAGCAUGGGUUGACAUGAAAUCGGUUUCGCAAGCAAAGUCGAAAAUAGGGCAUGCAGUGGUGAUGAUACUUCAAGUGGGUUUGUUGGACAAGUUCAAGAGUAUACCUCUGGUUACUCCACUGGAUCUCGCUUGCUUUGCUGGAGCUGUGCUUCUUUCCUCUGCUGGUAUCUUCAUCCUGGCCAGACUCUCCACCACCGCCGGCGCUGUUGCUGGUGUACAACAUGGAACAUAGAUCAUACAACUAACUCAUCAAAAUUAAUGCUCAAAAGUUCAUCACAACAGUCAACAUACGGUCCAGUUGGUUUAUAUUAAAUUCAUUUAUAAUUUAAAACCCAUUCUUUUUGUAGUAUAUACCUACUCAAUACCAAUACCUACGUAGCAUAGUCAAGUCAGAUUAUUAUAUACUUCACUCGAAGGGAAGAAUGCCUUAAAUCCCUCUCUAUACCAUAGAUGUUGUAAUCCAACCACGAUCAAAGUAUAAGGUUGAUGGUUAUACAAGUAUUCAUUUAUUAUUCA